UUUUGAAAAGAAGAGAAAUCAAGAAUGGGAAGAGGAAGAAAUGAACUCCUUUCACAAAUCUUCAAAUUUAAGGUUUGAUCACUUGUCAGGAAAAAGGAUUUAUGUCCUUAAUAUGGAAGCAAGAAGCUGUAAACACAAAACCUGUUUUAUCUUGUAAGUAGCUGAAUAUUAGUCGGUUAUUAUUUUAUAUAUUAAGCUCAUUUAAGUCUAAUUAGUACUGUUCGGUACAACAUGUCUACUGUAUGGAAACCACUGUCUUCGGCAGAUAUACUGAAAAAAUAUUACUGACAUUCUUUCAAAAACGUCUUCUUUGCGUUAGCCUGUAGCUAACGUUACCGCCCCGCAGUGUCGUGAGGCGAACAGGUCGAAACAUCGAGACUUUCCCUGUCAGCACCGGAGCUCAUUUAUUAACUGAAUGUAAAAAUGAAUAUGAUUCUCUGAUGAUUUUGAAUAUGUAAUAUAAACUGUCAUAAAGUCGAUUAAACUGAGUCUGGCCCAAGACGAUCCGUUGUAGACUAUUCAACCGAACUUCAUUAAAAAAUGUUCCAGUUAUAGAUUUGGUCUUUUGUUGUUCAUUAUUAACAACUGACAGAACAUCGCAUAUAAACGUAUCGGAUGAAUUGGAUUAUUCUUUCACAUUCGGAGUCUGACUGAUCUCCUACACACUUUUCAUUUUAGCAUUAGCUUCGUUUAAGUAUUAGCUUACGCUGUUUGCUAGCUACUGUCCACGGCUGUUGAAACAAGCGUUGGGGCGAAACGUUGAGGUUUCCUUAAAUGUUAAUGAUACCUGGUGUAUCACAUAUAUGCCGAAUUGAAGACCUGUUCGUAAUUAUUCACAACCUGUAAACGUGUUACCAAUUAUUGAAGAUUUUUAUGCAAUUAGAAGAUUUCAAGCCGGGAAAACGUUCAAGAUAAACUGAGCUGUUAACACUGGCGAAACCUUUGUUCCGCUCGUAUGUUUCGAGUCGGACACAAUAACAUUGAACACAUGUAGUUGUGCGGACCGGAACCGUGUCACAGUUUUCAUGACGGGUCAUCAUGGUAGUUCAUAACAACACAACUUUAUAACUGAUAGAAGCAGGAGCGGCUGUUUUCCUCUAUGGACCCGGCACACAGAGCUCUGCUGCGGGCACACAGGCUGGAACUGUCCGGGCAGCUGCUGGUCAGCGACACUAUCGUUCCGCUCCUGUACCAGGACGACAUUUUGACGGAGGCUCAGGUGGAACAUAUCGAGUCUCAGCCGACAAACAGACAGAAGACCCUGAAGCUGCUGGACCUCCUGCCGAGCCGCGGGCCCCGGGCCUUCCACGCCUUCCUGCGGUCUCUAGACGACUUCAGCUGGGUCCGAGACAAGCUGCUGCUGGAGCUCCAGACACGACCAGGACCUGGACCCGGACCUGAACCUGGACUUGCACCUGGACCUGGACUCGGCUCCACAGACGUUUGCCGUCUUCCUGACUCGGUUCUCCAGAAGGUUCCUUCAGACCAGGAGCUGUCCCGCCUGGCGUCUCGGCUUGGUGCUGAAUGGGAGUCGGUCCUGAUGGAUCUGGGUCUGUCCGCCGAGGCCGUGUUCCGUUGCCGGUCCGAUCACUCCCUCAGUAUUCAGGCGGCAGUUCUGGCCGGUCUGGUUCAGUGGAGACGACGUGACGGCAGGAAGGCGACGGUCCAGAGACUCGUUCAGAGUCUGAAGGCUGCUGACGUCCAUCCGUCUGUUCUGGAGGACGUUCUGAUGGGACCGACCCGAGAAACUUUAAUCUCAAGUCCUCCUGAGAAACUGCUCUGACUCUGGACGCAGUACUUAGUGGACAUAGACAGAUUCGACCUCAGAGACGGAACUGAGAAACGUCUGAGACCAGCUGGAGAACAUGAAGAGACAGAGACCAGAACCAGAGAGACGACUGGACUGUGUUGGUGUUCUGACGGACUCAGGACUGACACUGACGUCACAGAGUCGUCUGCUGAUGUCUCGUCUCUUCAUCAAUGAACUGUCCACUUUCACAGAUGAAGGAUCCAGAUCAGAACCGAGGUCAUGAACACGAGACGAACAGUAAACUGAAAACAAUCCGAGAUUUAAACUCUGAAACUUUUAUUGAAAUUCUUCAUUUAAGGGUCAAAAAAUCUGAAUUAAUCAAAUAAAAUCUUUCAUGGAAGAACAAAAACCAGAAGACUGUGAAAGUCUGAACUGCUGCUGAGAGAGAGUACAUGAUUGUACUCUCGAGAAUGGCUCGCUCGCUCGCUCGCUCACUGCACUUCAUUAAUUCCUCAACAGCCUGCAGAGCUCCAGUUCCUGCUGAGAAUCAACUUUCUGUCUGUGGGGUUUUAAGGUGGACUCACGAGAUGAUCGUUCUCUUCAUGUAGACUUGAUAAACACACGUGCGGUUCUCCUGGAGAACGUCAGAACAGUUCUUCAAACACAAACAGGAACUGCAGACGAGAGAGGAAAUAUUAAAAAGUGUUAUUGUGAAUAAUUUAAAAAGGCAGCGUGUCUGCAGACAGUUAACUGCACACACACAGACACACACACACACACACUGGUGACGACUCAGCCUUCAUUAAAAAGAAAUAAAUCUACAUUUAUAGAAACAUUAACAACCUCCUGGUCAUUUUGACUUUUAGUCCCAUGAUGUAACUGUGACUUCAUAUAAUAAGUUAACAUGAGCAUUUAUUUCUUCAUGCUCAGUUUUUGAUUGUUUAAUUGGCAGAACCGGGCUUCUGGACCUCGUAACAAGAUGUGUUGGACCGGACUGAAUGUGUUGUGCAGCUGGUGUCUCUGGUGUUCUGAGGAGCGAGCGUGACUGCAGCAGCAGCAGCUCCUCAUGUGAGUUUCUGAGAAAGCAGCGAACACUGAGCUUUAUAUCCUCGCUGCUUCCAGGAAACAAGCAGAGGGAGGGACGCUGCCACAACACUCCCGUAUUGUUUGACCCGCACGGCAGCUCGUCGCCUCCCACAGUCCAACCUGAGCGUUCCUGCAGCCUGAGGUCAGAGCAGCUGCAGCUCCGGUGUCACAGUCACAGUACUCAGUUACAGGAAGACGUCUGAAGUACUCGAGUAUCGUCAUCUUCACACUUUGACCCACAGUGGGGGGUCGGGCCCCUGCACAGGGUCAGAGGGGUCAUCUGACCGACUCAGCAGCUUCCGGUUGUCUGUCUGUGUUUGACAGAACCACCUCAGCAGCGCCCUCCGGUGGCUGGAGAGCAGAAACAUCAGCUUUAAUAUAAUAGGUGAGACUCAACGGUCAGAGUUUGGUUUGAUGCAAGAAGUUUGUCUCAGUUCUGAUCCUUCACAUGUUGGCAUGAUGAAGACGAGGCUUCGUCCUGCUGCCAGACAAUCUGAAGAGAACGCUUCUUAUUUCAAACUGAUCUGCAGUCAAGCACAGGCUGCAUCUUUGUUUCAGUAAACAAGAAGAAGAACAAAAGACUGACCUCUAUGUCGUUACUGAACCAGUAACACAGCAGCACCAGACUCCCUUAACAAAUGUGUCAGAUUAGUGAGUUGUUGAGUUGGAGACACUUUAUAAACUCUGUGAAAUAAAGUAGAAAGAGUA